ACCUUGUCUAAAUACCCGAAGACACAAGCUCAUGCAUGGUGCAUCAACUGCUCCACCUUGGCAAACAAAACACGAUGCGGAGCUCCAUCCCGUGCAUGUUUCACAUGAGCGCCCAUUAUGUCGGGGACGAUCCUUCACCGUAACCAAGCCACCACUGUUGUCCUGAUCGACAUCCCCCAAUCUAUUAGCGAUGGUCAACAAGUUCCCUACGCGCUUCGAUCGUCUCCAGCCCUUGCAAGCCCCUACCCAAGCACGGAACCGAAGGGAUGGAAGCGAGAGGCUAUGCUCAACAAAACAGCCGCUGACGAGCGGCUCUAUCACGAGUCCGUGCAAAGGGAGAUUCGUGCCGCAUUGAGCGAGAGCCGGACAUAUCUGCAUCGUCUGGGCGGGGCUUGGUACCGUCCACGCCACGCUUUGACCUCACAUCCUGACUCGGCUCAGUCACCAGCCCGAACAAGAAAUUCGGAGUGGUCUGCGAGCCCUGCUUUGUCCCAUGCGGCGGCGCCUGUGGUGUUGUCGACCACAGAAAAAAGCGACCAGUUUCACUCUCUUGAAGAUCUGCAAGGCACCAUUGUCUACAACAUCCGACCAGGGGCCGCAAUAAUUCAGGUUGGUGAUAUUGGUGACUUUGUUGUCCCUUCAGGAUCUGCCUUCCUUUGGGCAAGUCUCGAAUCAGGAUUUCCCGCUUUCCUCUCAGCCCGUCGAGAACUAUCACCCGAGAACAGGACCUUCGACAUCAUCCUUAUGGAUCCCCCCUGGCCGAACCGCUCAGUCCGCAACUCUAAUGCCUAUAGAACGUCGGAAGCUCAAGUUCAGGAUCCUUUUCUACGCACAGUGCGCAUUGUGGGAGAUUUCCUGGCUCCGCAAGGUCUUCUUGCCAUUUGGGUCACUAACAAAUCCUCUAUACGCGCUAGAGUAUUGCAGACAUUUCAAGCACUAGAUCUGCACCUCCAUGAGGAAUGGGUGUGGAUCAAGAUAACCGCCCAGGGUGUUCCCGUCAGCCAAAUUGAUGGUGUCUGGCGGAGGCCGUACGAGAUCCUACUGUUACUUCGGAAAGGCCAACCUCCUCAAGGCCCUGCACGAAAGGUCAUCGCUGCGGUUCCGGACUUGCAUUCGCGAAAACCUUGUCUAAAGAUAUUGUUGGAAGAGCAGCUCCCUUCAAAAUACAGUGCUCUUGAACUCUUUGCGAGAAAUCUGAUAGCCGGCUGGUGGUCAUGGGGCGACGAGGUGUUGAAGUUUCAGCAUGAAAGCCAAUGGGAUGGUUAUGAGCGGUCUGGGGUAGAAUUUUAGGACGUGAUUCUCGUGCAGCUCGGGAAAUUCGAGCAAGCAAGAGCGUUUCCGAGAUGGGGACAUCGGGGCCAUGUACUCGAUAGUGAGGACACGAGGCUGACUCCCGCAAGGCUGUGCACUUCCGCCAAUGAGAAACCCCAGGUGCCUGGAUCUCCCC